AAUGCAGAUCCUGCUGGCCUUCGUUGCGCUCUCGAGCCUGAUCUGCUUCACUCACUCCUUCCAGCCCUCUCCUCCCCUCAGCCACCGUGAGCACUCAUUGCACGAGGCACCAUCAUAUGGCGCGUGGUGAUGUGCACAGCACAGUGGCCCAUGGUGCCAAGAUCUGGCUCUGUCUUGGUCUGGUGACUUUCAGUCGCCUUCCGAGCACCUGUAUCUGCCGCUGCUCCCUCUCGGCACCAUGCACCUCGCAGUCGCCUGUCGUCGUCCCUUCAGAUGCAGGCACCAGCUACAGUGAGGAUGGGUGGGAUGGCUAGACAAUCAACACGGUUGAAAUGAAUGGAGGUCUCUCUGCACUCACGCACUGCACUGUUAUGUGUGUGUGAAGUUGAUUCAGUACCACGGCGUGAAGCUGCGACUGCCUGUGUUUGGCGACACGAGUGUGGGGGUGGCCUUCACACCGGAGGCCUGCAAGGAGCUCUCGGCAAAGGUCGAUGAGGUUAGGCCGUCUGCCCGGGAGAGGAGAGGCGCACUCAUGGCUUCUCGGGCGAUGUGUGUGUGUGUGUGUGUGUGUGCAGGUGCUGCAGACGUUCAGGGUGAUUGCUGAUCGGAGGGAGGGCAGGGAACGGCCACGGUGAGUGAAGGAGCAUGGACGGACGGAUGGGUGGGUGAUGGAAGACCAGACCACGCGCACAUCACUUUCUAAGUGCGUGUAUGUGUGUGUGAUUGACUCAGUCGCGAGCCAUCGAUGGAGUUCCAGACGGAGGUCGACGGCACGCGCAUCAGCUUCGAAUGCAACCCUAACAUAUUUCCGGUACGCACGCCGAGCCGCACGCAAACUCACACAUCCAUCCAUCCAUCCACAUAUGUAUGUGUGUGUGUGUGUGUAGGACUACACGAAGGCCCAGGUGUUUUUCCAGGUCAAGUCGCCGCACGUGGACAUCACCGCACAGCUGUCCUUCCAGAGCCUCAUCGAGGCACUCGCACAAUACAAAGAGCAAUACGGAAUGUGACGAGUGUUGCACUGCACUGACACGAGGCGAAGAGAGCAGGG